AUGGAACCUGCCCAUGAUCAUCAUCAACAUGAUCAUCAACAGCAACAGCAACAACUCUCUUUAGCCUCUAAGGAACUCAGCAAUAUCAUCAAAGGGAAAAGAACCAAAAGGGUUAGGCCACAAUCUCCUAUUCCUUUUUCCAUCACUGCGAAUUCUUCAACUGGAGAAGGAGAAGAUUGUUACAACAAUGGUGAGGAUGUUGUCAACAACAACAACAAUAUCAAUAUCAACAUCGUCCACAAUAACAGCAAUACCUCUCCGACAACAUCUUAUGUUGGAGAAAAACAGGACAGUGUUAUGGAUGAUGAAGAACAUGAUAUGGCUAACUGCUUGAUUCUAUUGGCACAAGGACAAUCAAAAGAAUCGCCGAAAACUACAGAUGAAUUAGACGGUGGAAUGAUGAACUAUGCGAAAUACAGCAGUAGAAAGUUCAUGGAAGCUGCUAGUUUGGAUUCUGGAAGAGCUGGUUUCUAUGUCUAUGAAUGCAAAACAUGUAACAGGACUUUCCCUUCUUUUCAAGCGCUUGGUGGCCAUAGAGCAAGUCACAAAAAGCCCAAAGCAUUGGCAAUUGCUCAAGAGAGGAAACACUUUUUCGAUGACGAUCAAGAGUUUCAAUUCAAACCGAAUCACAAACCAAUUUCCCUUCAAUUGAAUAACAAUGGUAAGGGAAAUCAAUACGGCGGAACCAACAACAACAACAAGUCUAAGGUUCAUGAGUGUUCCAUUUGUGGUUCUGAAUUCACAUCUGGACAAGCACUUGGUGGGCAUAUGAGGCGCCACCGCGCGCCGGUGGGGACAUCAACUGCCAACACCACACUGUCAUUGACACCAAUGGCUUUAGAGCCUGAUGAAGAUCAUCAACCUAGAAAGAAAAGGAAUGUUUUGUCUUUGGAUUUGGAUCUCAACCUUCCUGCACCUGAAGAUGAUCAAAAAGAAUCAAAGUUUGCCUUUGCUUCCAAGCAACAACAACAGCAUGGACAAAAACAACAACAACAACAGCAGCAGCAACAAACAAAUCUUGUCUUCUCCGCACCCGCUUUGGUGGAUUGUCAUUACUAA